GGGGCAAGACGUCUCACGUCAGCAGCAAAUCUUCAAACCACUGCCCGCACAGUUUCGUCCUCAUAGAGCCUCUCAACUGCCAGCACAUUCCUGCGACACCUAACACUGAAAGCACUACAGGCCCGGCUUGAUUUGCACUACGAUGGGCUUCUCAGAACUUGCAAUCUACGCCCUCGGCCUCGCUUGUAUCGCCAGAAGCAUGAUGGCCUUCACCAACCCGCAAGCUGAGUAUGCACUCAAUGGGUUAAAGCACACAGCCACUUCAAAGGACGACCCAAGCUCGGGACCUAUUUACAUGCUCGGCAUCUGGGAGUUGUCUGUUGGCGUCCUUUUGUUGGUGCAUCAGAUGAACAGAAACGAUAAAGGAGUUACGGCUCUUCUGGGGUUGAUGAGCAUGUACAAGGCUGGCGUUGCGGUACUACUUUGGAGAAUUGGAAGCGAGAUGAAUAAGAUUGCUGGGAAUGUGGCGACGGCUGUUGCGCUCUUGACCUGGGCUGUUUUGAAAAGCCAAUGACUGGACGGACACAAGGUGGUGAAGGGGAAAAGAGAACCGUCACAAUGAGAGCUGAUGGAGAAUGAUUUCUUGUGUUUUUCAACUAUCUGCAAAGAUAUAGUCUUGGUCUGUUAUCCUAGGCUCCUGUAUAUAUCUAUGAUGACUGGGCAAGGAAUGAGAAUGGCACUUCCCGUUGAUCCUGCUUCCAUAUCUUGGGCAAAGCUCAAUAAAGUGACCAGUGGGUG